AUGGCCAGUGGCCACUUUCCAGAGCGGCUGAAAGAAGCCACAUUACCUGCUUCACCAGCCAUGUCUCCCGGUCCACCAACAGCACAAAAAUCAAGUGCUCUACAGAGUCGAAUCACGAGUGUACUUGCUGCAUCAUACUCAGACUUGGAGAUUCGAGAUGCACUGGAAACUCUGGAUGCUCGCAAAGUCCACAACACAGCCGAGACAAGACGCAAUCUUCGAUUAGAUGCUCAGCAAGAGUUGAUCCAAUGUAAUGGAGAGAUCAUCCGUGAUUUUGGACAAGUUGCUCAGCAAUUGCAAAGGGUGGGUGCUGCCAUUGAGGAUUUGAACAAGCUAUGCACAAGCAUGCGAUCCCAUAUAUCGGCCGCCAACAGAGAAACUGGUCCCAUGAUGGAAGAGAGCACGGCAAUGAUGACACAAAGGCAGCAGACCGAGACCAAACAACAACUACUGGGCGCCUUUACCUCUCAUUUCCUUCUAUCCGAUGCAGAAGUGACCUCCUUAACAUCUACUGCAGAACCGGUUACAGACUCCUUCUUUCAGGCAUUGGCUCGGGUCAAGAAGAUACAUGAUGACAGUCAACUACUUCUGGGAACCGAAGACCAACAACUGGGCCUCGAGAUUCUAGAGCAAAGCUCAAAACAGCUCAACGCAGCCUUCCAGAAGCUUUUCCGCUGGACUCAACGUGAGCUCCGUGAGCUGGAUCUUGAGAACCCUCAACUUAGCACCUCAGUCAGACGUGCUCUUCGUGUACUGGCCGAGAGACCUGCGCUCUUUCAAAGCUGUCUCGACUUCUUUGCCGAGAAUCGGGAGCAGGUGCUUUCGGAUGCUUUCUAUGCUGCUCUGACUGGAGGAUCUGCUCAGCGGGUGGGAGGUCCUGCAAUGGGUAAAGCAAUUGAGCUCAGUGCACACGAUCCGCUGCGCUACGUCAGUGACAUGCUCGCUUGGGCGCACGCUGCUACGGUUGGUGAACGCGAAGCAUUGCAAAUUCUGUUCAUCUCAGACGCGGACGAGAUAUCGAAAAACAUCAAAGCAGGUCGCGAACGUGAGCCUUGGCUGCAAAUCACCGAUGGAGCAGAUGGUGAAGAAGUCGCAGCCUUUGACGGCAAGAAAGCGCUUAAUGACCUGGUUGAUCGUGAUCUGUCUGGUGUCCUCCGUCAGCUACGUCAACGUGUCGAGCAGACGGUACAGAGUCACGAGGAUGCGACGUUGGCCUACCAGAUUUCUAAUCUGAUACGAUUCUACUGCUCCAUCUUCGUACCCCUUCUUGGACCAGAGUCGGCGAUCGUGCAAACACUACAGCCCAUCACACAAAAGGCAUUUGAGCAGUUCAAGACACUGAUGAGAGAUCACAUCGCCAAUAUCCACAGCGAUGUGGCAGUCACACCACUGGAUCUUUCACCACCCGACUUUUUGUUGGAAGCACUAGAUACACUCCGAGGCUUGAUGAAGAGUUACGAUACAUCGCUAGCUAACGCGUCUUCGGGCGAGGAUCGAAGUGGAUUCCAGGCCGUGCUCGAAGAAGCGCUUGACCCCUACUUGGCAGGCUGCGAUAGCAUUGCUAAGGGUAUGGGAGCGCCACAAAGCCAGAUCCUUGCAAUCAACUGUCUACUUGCGACUAUAGAGACACUCAAGGGCCGAAGCUUUACAGAAGACAAGAUUGGCGAAAUUGAAGAGACGGUGCAAGAGCAGGUCGAGAGACUUGUAGAAACGGUGAUUGCAUGGUUCGAGUCAGAAUCGGGACUCAAACGACUCUUCGACAGCCUUGAAGAGUAUAAGAACACCAACCUUGGUCAAGGUAUCAGUGGCAUCAAGAAACUAAGAGAUAUGCAGCCGGACCGGUUGGCAGACAUGGCACAGAAGCUGGACGCGUUCUUACCAGGAGCAAUGGAGGACGCUAGAGCAUUCAUUGGCAAGCUUGCAGAGAAGAGGAUGGUGCGCAAGGUGUGUGAAGAUGCAUCGAAUGUCUUCGUCAACAAGUUUGAAUCUGCUGAGCGGAUUAUGAUUGGCUUGGACGAGAUGACACUGGCCGAGCAAGGAGAAGAGGUGGAAGAUGGCAUGCUGGUCCGCGAUGUGUUCCCUCGCACUAGCGACGAGAUCAAGGUGCUGCUCAGCUAG